AUGUCCGUUCCCCAAAGCUCCUUUACCCCGCCUCCUGGCACACCAAUCCAUCAGCUAGCCAUAAAGCCGAUUUUCGAUGCUCUUGAGCCGCGGGAGAAGUUCUAUGCUCACUAUUGUGCACGGGCAGCAUGGCAUGGGAGCAGAAUUAUCAUGCGGCAGGUAUCGCCAGAAAGCCCAGGCAUCUUCGACUUCAUCAUGGACCUCUAUCAUGCUUGCGAUGGAAACUGGGACACCCUAGUCACCCAGUGCAAUGUCACAUUCGAAGAACUCGAAAGAUUUCUGGAGUAUGCCGCAAUGUUCCUCUGUAACUUAGGAAACUUCUAUGGCGAAGGAGACCAAAAGUUCGUCCCAAAUCUGACAGCCGAAGCACUGCAAAGGAUCGCAAGCAUCUCCCAAAAGACAAAGGAAGGCCUAGACAAAAUCAUCGGUCCGCUAUUGGCAGUCCCGCCAUUCAACCUUGGAUAUCCCAGCAAGAGCGCACAGUCGGGUUAUUACCCUGGCACUGAACUCAUAUCCCAAAAGGAGCUUGCUCGAGUGUCGGAGGCAAUGAUUGAACACUCCAUUGGGAGAGAAUACCCGACUUCCGCGGAGAGUGAUGUUCCCGCCAACGGUCUACACAAACUGGCAAAUGACAUAUUCAUCAUUAGAGGCGACCACUCGGUGGAAAUGUCGAAGAUCUGCUCGGAUCUGACGAGAGCAAAAGAAUACGUCAGCAACAGCAGGCAAGCCCGGUUCCUGGAGCUCUACAUCGAAUCCUUUAGAACUGGUAGCCUUGAAGCUUACCAGGAGUCACAAAAGGCGUGGGUAAUGGAUGUAGCUGCAAGAGUAGAGAAUAUGAUUGGUUUCAUCGAGAGUUAUCGUGAUCCGGCCGGGAUCAGGUCGGAGUGGGAAGCUAUGAUCGGAAUUUCCGAUCCGGGCGAAACGUCAAGGUUGAAGCGCUUUGUUGGGAGUUCAACUUCCAUCAUUCGACAACUCCCAUGGGCAGUCGAUGGCGUCAACGAUGGGAAAGGCCCGUUUGAGAAGAGUCUAUUUGAAGCUCCUGACUUUACCAGCGUCCAUGCACUUGCUGUAUGCGGCAGUGUCGUCUUCGAAGCCGCUAAUAUUCCCAAUUACGAAUAUAUUCGAGAAAAUUAUGGCUUUAAGAACAUCGUUCUCGCGAAUCGUCUCAGUGUUAACAAUAAUCCCAAUCUACCAGUGCCUUGGGUCGAUCCAUCAGAGUUAGAGCACUUCCGCAAGAGCACACAUAUUGUCAGAUUUCUCACCACCGCUAUUCAUGAGCUGGUAGGCCACGGGACUGGUAUACUCCUCAGCGAAACCGCUCCAGGCAUCUACAACUUUGACCAGCAGAACCCGCCGCUCAGUCCACUGAACGGAAAAGCCGUGACUUCGCACUAUUUACCUGGCCAAACUUGGAAUAGCGUUUUUGGAAAUUUGGCAGGAACAGUGGAGGAAUGUCGUGCUAUUCUAGUCUCGGAAUAUCUCAUGGACAACAAGGAUUUGUUGUGUAUUUUCGGGUACACCGAUACUAGUGAAAUCACGGCUGACGACCUCCUUUAUACCACCUAUCUCAACAUCGGUGUCGAUGGACUUCAGGCUCUCGAGCAUUAUAACUUUGAAAAUAAGGCUUGGGGGCAAGUCCACCACCAGGCUCACUUCUCCAUCCUGAAACACCUUCUACAAGAUGGCGGCGGCGCCAUCCAAAUCUCCCAUGAUCCCAAUACCUCCACUCUCACCGUCCAUAUCGACCGGAACAAAAUCAUCUCUCACGGCAAACCCUCUUUGGGCCGCUACCUCUGUCGCCUACACAUAUGGCGGUGUACAGCCGAUAUUUCCUCCUGCAAGGAGUUCUAUGAGCCCAUGUGUGCUGUUGAGGGGAUGUACGAACAGUGGCGGCAGAUUGUGUGCUCGAAGCCAAGACCAAGAUGGAAAUUCACUCAACCUAAUACGUUUGUUGAUGGAGAAACCGUGGAGGUUAAACCGUACGAGGAGAGUAACAGGGGGAUUAUUCAAUCAUGGGCUGAGAGGGGAAUUUGA